UUUCUUAACUAUUUUUAUUCCAUUGCAUGAUUUAAGAAGAUAAAUUUGUUGAGAUUAGCCAUGGUUCGACCUUCAGAGACGACUCGGGUCAGCAAAGCAGCGAAUCAAGACGUAGAAAAGGCUAAAAGCGUACAUGCCAAGACGAGAAGAUUAGAAAUAUGUCGUGAUGAGCCCACAGGUAGAAAUAUCAAAUAACUUGUUGGUUGUUUUAUAUAGGCGUUUACAACAUUGAGCUGCCCAUAAUGAAAGGAUAUUUUGUGUUACAUACUAUGAACAUACUUAUACUUUAUACAGACUUAAUCAGCUAAAGGUAUAUAUAAAAUAUGCCAGGGUGCAUUCCGUGUAAAAUUCACGCCGUAGAUAAUUUGAGGUAGUGUUGCCGUGCACCAAGUGAGGUCAACUUGUGCGCCGGCUGAUCGUGGGCACCGUGAUUUUUCAUUAAUAGUUAGUUUUUUAAAAUUAAAACUUGCUAAAAAGGCGUGUAAUUGAUGAACAAGAUGUUUUGCUGAUGCGCAAUGAUGAGUGUUGUUACUGUUGUAUCACAAGUUAUAACCACCAUUUAGUAAUAUUACACUGACCAGGAACACAAGUUUAUCGAGUCCCUAAAGAAUUAUAGAGGCCAAUCCAAUCACCAGGCGAUUAUUAUUAAUACUCAAAGUCUCGGUUAAACAUUUGAUGAUGUGCCAUUCGCGCCAACCACCAAAACUCAAAACUUGUGCGCCAACCUCGAUGUGAUUGUGCGCCAACAAUUCAAAACUCACGCCGAAGAUCUUCCACAAAACGUGCAUGGAAUGCACUCUGGAAAAUAUGGCGUUGCUACCUGUAUAAUGCUAUUAAAAAGAUGCUAAUAAAUAUAAAACCAACUAAAUAUUAUCUAAUCAGUAUGUUCACACGAGACCUGGUCAAAAAUCGCAAAUUUUUCAAUUUAUUUCCCUUGCUCUUUCUACAGUGCUUUUGUGAGCUUGCAUUUCUAGCACAGCCGAGUCCAGUUUGACAUGUAUAUUUUGUGUUCAGUACAUUGAUCAUGCUCAAAUUCAUCCCAGUCCGAGGUCCGUAGGUACCAGGGCUGCAAAUAACUAUCGGACAAUGUUCAACUAAAUUUGGCAAAUGUCCGAGCAAAAGUAAAUUGAACAAAAAAAAAUUGUCACAUUAUACAUUUUUGUGCUGACUGACAAAAUUCGAUUGCAAAUUCACUCAAUUUGCACUUUGCAAUGUAGGCAUUCUCUUAUGGCUAUACAAACGUGUGUUGUGACUUAUAUAUCUAUCUUGUGACGUAUAUAUGUCCGACCAAAUUUAGUGGUGUUGGUUUUUGUCCGAUUAAAUUCAAGUUAUGUCCAACCAAAAUUAAAAGUGAUCGGACAAAUGUCCUGUCAAGUCAAAUAUUUAUUUGCAGCCCUGCGUACUGAAAAAAUAUUUUCCCGAGGUCUCAGAAGCAGGCCGAGGGACGCUUCUUAGGCCGAGGGAAAAUAUUUUUAGUACGGACUGACCUAAACGGUAAAUAACGUGUUUAUUUUUUAAUUUAAUUGAUAGUUCAUGGUUAUAAUGAAUUCCGAUAAAAUUCCAGUUGCAAAGUACAUUUGAGAUCAGCUGCGUUUGUUACUUUAGUGCAAGCAUGGCUGACAAACUGCUAAAACGACAUGAUAAAAGCUGGAUAAAAAGCUUUUAGUUUCAUUGCAAUAGAUGCUUUUCUACUCAACAAGAAAACAGAAGGUAAACAAAGUAAAAAUAUUUAUUUUCCAAUUCGUUUUGCAGCAUGGACAUGCUUGAAAAAUACUUUUUGACAGAAAAAUACAAGUUUUAGUUGCCGAAAAACAAUUUGUUCAUCACAACAUUUAUAAAAACAAUUUUGACCAAAAUAAGCCCAGGAAUCAUCUCUAAACUGCCAUUUAAGAUUUUUUUUUUAAAUUUUAUGUUUAAAAUUUUAUGUUUAAAGACAAGUCGAAGAAUAAUUGAAUAUAAUUUUUUAUGUGGAACAUUUGAAUCAAAACAUGUAGCACUGGGCACUGGCCACUGUUUUUCAAUGUUUAUAUUCUGGGUUUUUUUUUGCAGUUUGGUAGGGGAAAAGUACAUUUCGGGCUUGGCACUAAGUCUACUGAAGCCAAUUCACCAUAUUUUACUGUUUUUAGUAUCGACAAGGUGGAUUUUAAACUUUUUGGGUAGUGUUUUGAGUUUGAAAAUUGUCUUCACUCCUCGGUUUGUUGCUAAAAAAUAACUCUUUUGGACCACAGUCAAAAUAUUGUAACAGGCUGCUCGCUGCUGCAGCCAAUCAGAUUGCAGGAAAUGGAUCAUUCCAGAAAACGUCCAUACCACCCCCACGUUGGAAAUUGGAAGUUAACCCCCUACCCCCUUUGGAUGUCCUAAUACAUUUACUAUUAUCAGAAACAAUUUUGUCUCCCCUCCCCCUCCGGACGGCAGAAAUUUCCUCCGUGGGGGGGGGGGGCGUGAAUCUUUUGUGGAACGACCCAAUCGAAAAAUAUCACCAGACAUACACAAAUAAAAAAAUAAGAUAAAGUAAUACUAUUUACAUAUACUGCUGCAGUAAAUAAAAUGUUAUGAUUACUAUAUACACAAUGUAAAAAUUGAGAAAAUCAACAACUUGUUCCAGGUUGAUAUCAACAGGCGUGAACAAGGUUGUGCGGCCCACUAUGAACAGUAUUGUCAACAUGUUGUUACGCCAUUGUUCAAUUGGAACAACUUGGAACAACAUGGUUGACAACUUGUUCAUAGUUGGCCGCACAACAUUGUUCACACCUGUCGAUAUCAACUUGCAACAACCUGUGUGUUUUUAGCUGACAGACAGUGUGUAGUAUAUUAUUAUUAAUUUAUAUAAAAUUUGAUAUUACAGAAUGAUGAUAGUGUUUUUAACUGAUUAUUUACUAGUUGUUAUUUAUGAUUAUUUAUUAAUGAUUAUUUAUUUUUUCGAUUUUUUCUUGAAUAUAUACUGUAGAUGCUAUAUUUUUAAAGUUUGGGUCAAGAUUAUUCCAGAUAUCAAAUGUUUAAUUAACAUAGUUUGUUCUUUGAUAAGUUUCAUAGAAUUUCUUGUAUUACUUCACUAUUUGAAAUGUAGUAGUUCGCAAAAAAUUCAGGUAUACUAAGUUCAGCGAUGAUAUCUGAACAUGAACAAACUGGUAAGAUAAUCGUUUAGUUUGCUUAAGUUCAAUAUAUAUUUAGGCGCUGAAAAAUAUGUUCUCAGUAUGACCUAAGUGAGAGCUAAAUUCCAUCAUGCUUCAGUCACAGUGUUGCUGUGCCAGAUUUCCGGCUACAUUAUAGUUACGUAAAACAAUAUUAUUAUUUUUUUUUUUUUGGGGGGGGGGAGAAAUUAGAUACAGUAGAUAGAUAGAUAAACUUUAUUUAAACACUGAUUUCCACGAGGGGCGUGCGAAAAGUAUGCAGAAAAGAAUUUUAAAACUAUUUACAAAAUUAUAUAAGAUAUAUAGUAUUAUAUGAACUAACAAACUAAGGUAGUAAUCUAUAUACAGGUAAUAUUAACAUCUAUGUUAAUUAGCUAUCAGUCAAUGUGAGUAGUGAUUUUCUUUCGAAAGGAAGAAAAGGAUUUGCUCUCUCUUAUUUCUUUAGGAAUAGAAUUCCAAAGGUGUGCUCCGUCAUACACGAAACUUUUUUAAAUUUCCAUAUUAUUAGUACGUGGUUGUGGUAAACAAAGACUACUUGAAAUGUUCCGAAGUUUGUAGUUUGUCACCUCACCCUUAUAUGUGAAGAGAUUACUGAGUGAUUUGGGUCCCAUUUUAUUCAAUAAUUUGUACAUGAUUUUUGCUUUACUUUUCUUCCUUUCUGUUUUAAGUGGCUUCCAACCCAAUGCUUGCAAUGCAACAGAGUGAUCUAUGUCAUUGCUCAUAUUGUUCAUAUUCAAAAUAAUCCGAGCAGCUUUGUUUUGUAGUUUUUGAAGUCUUUUUGAUUGCGUUUCUCCAAACACAUCCCAUACUUCACAGCAGUAAUCAAAAUAUGGGCGAACAAUAGCAUUAUAUACAGAAAGAAGUGUUUGCUACAUAAGGAGAAAAAUGUUCAACGUUUCUUGCUUUUCACGAGUAUAGCAGUAGGUACAGUAGAUGACAACUGGGCCCUCGCGGAAAAUAAAAAAGUGACUUUUUUGCGUUCUGAGCAAGUCUUACCAGCACGCAAGUCUUUCAAUAUCUUCACUUAUAUAACAAUUUUAUUUCAUAUGCAUGUCCAAAACCCAUGCAUGAUCAAGUUUUUAACCCCGUUGAUAUUUGGGUUAUAUGGUCGUCAGCAAACGGGGAUGUUUCAAUAACUGUUUUUAUUUUAGACGGAAGAGUAUCCAGGGAGGGAAGAUGUGAACGAAAUGGUACGAAAGUAAGUAACUUGCCAUUGUUUUGUAAAAUCUCAGUUACAGCACACGCGUCCUUCAAUAUCUUUAUCUAUUAACACGUUUUUACUUUAUAUGUCAGACUCCAUGAUCAAGUUUUUAACCCUGCUGAUAUUUGGGAUGUUUCAAUAACUGUUUUUAUUUUAGAUCUAAGAUUACCCAAGAGAUCCAGAUGUGGAUGAAAUGGUAC